AUGGCAGUUCCAAAAGCUCACUACUCUCUAGCCAUCCUUGUCAUUCUCUUUGUCGUUUCAAAUUGCCAAAAUGCCUGCAAUCCAGAAUGCAAGGCUAAAGAACCCUUCAACUGCGAUAAUUCUCUUACCUUCAACCGAACUGGAUUUCCAAAGAACUUUACUUUCGGUGCAGCUACUUCCGCGUACCAGAUUGAGGGUGCUGCACAUAGAGCCCUUAAUGGAUGGGACUACUACACUCAUAGAUAUCCAGAAAGGGUUCCAGAUCGCAGCUCCGGAGACGUUGCUUGUGAUUCGUAUGAUCUUUACAAGGAGGAUGUCAAAUUACUGAAAAGAUUGAAAGUUCAAGCAUACCGACUCUCCAUAGCCUGGUCAAGGGUCUUACCAAAGGGAAGACUGACUGAAGGAGUGGACGAGAACGGGAUAGCAUACUACAACAAUCUCAUUAACGAGUUAAAAGCUAAUGGCAUAGAGCCAUUUGUGACUAUAUUUCAUUGGGAUGUUCCCCAAACUCUAGAAGACGAGUACGGAGGCUUCUUAAGCCCGCGUAUAGUAGAGGACUUCAAGAACUAUGCGGAGCUUCUAUUCCAAAGAUUCGGAGACAGAGUCAAGUUUUGGAUCACUCUAAACCAGCCUUACUCUCUCUCAUCCAAAGGUUAUGGAGAUGGAUCAUAUCCACCGGGAAGGUGCACUGGCUGUGAAUUUGGAGGUGAUUCUGGAACCGAACCUUAUAUAGUCACGCAUCACCAACUUCUAGCCCAUGCAGAAGCUGUAUCUUUAUACCGAAAAAGAUAUCAGAAAUUUCAAGGUGGUAAGAUAGGAACGACCUUGAUCGGGAGAUGGUUUGCCCCGCUAAACGAAACUAGCGAUCUCGACCAGGCUGCUGCAAGACGAGCAUUCCAAUUCUUCGUUGGAUGGUUCUUGGAUCCAUUGGUGUACGGAGAAUAUCCAACGAUAAUGAGAGAACUCGUUGGAGACAGAUUGCCAAAAUUCACACCGCAAGAAUCAGAUUUAGUUAAGGGAUCACUUGAUUUUCUAGGGCUGAACUAUUAUGUUACACAAUAUGCAAGCGACGCAUCUCCUCCUCCUCAGACACACCCUAGCGUCUUAACCGAUCCACGAGUUACUCUUGGAUAUUAUCGCAAUGGAGUACCUAUCGGUGUUGAGUCUCCAAGCUUUGUCUACUAUCCUCCAGGGUUUCGUCAGAUUCUAAAUCAUAUCAAAGACAACUACCAAAACCCACUUACCUACAUCACCGAAAACGGAGUUGCUGAUUAUGGAAACUUAACGGUAUCAAAUGCUCUUGCCGAUAACGGACGAAUUCAAAAUCAUUGCAGCCAUCUUUCAUGUCUCAAAUGCUCCAUCGAGGAUGGUUGCAACGUAGCAGGUUAUUUUGCUUGGUCAUUGAUGGACAAUUAUGAAUUUGGAAAUGGUUACACUCUCCGGUUUGGUAUGAAUUGGGUCAAUUUCACUAAUCCUGCUGAUCGAAGAGAAAAAGAUUCUGGGAAAUGGUAUUCUAGGUUCGUCGCAAAAUAAGGGGAAUUGAUAGACAAAAAUCAACCCCAUAUGUAUCCAACCUUUAAUCCACUAAGUACUGGACAAUAUAAAUUAUGUUCUUCAACUUAUAAAAGCUUAUGUGCUGUGUGUUGUUAAUAAUGUUGUAAUAAUUGGACCUUAACUCUUGGCCAAAUCAUAAAUAUAUAAAAACAUUUAUAUGACGUGCGUUGUACUUAUAGCUUGUACUUUGUUUUAUUUACCUUUCCCAAGCAUAACAUCUCAUCAUCUAGGACAUGCAUGCUCUCUUUUUUUGUUUUGGUAAAAACUACGAGAUGCUCUUAUUUGAUCAUUACCACUUUUUUUUAACAAAAUAGCCAAACCAAGGAUAUGCUGUCUAAUUUAAGUGCCAAAUCAUAUCAUUUUGUGUUAUUUUACUCCUCUCGUUUAUUUUCAAUUUCUAGAAAAUGUUAUUUUACCCGACCACAGAAACGCCACACAUAGCUUCUCUAUUAUUUCCAGACAUGAAAUAUGGAGGUGAAACAGUGUACCAAAAUUUUGUCAUGCUAAUAAUAAUUGAUUGUAUAAGAUGCAUCCGUCCUGAAAUACUAGCGACUAGUAAGUUUCUUCAUGCUUCUUAUUGCAAUUGGGAGUCCUAAAUAUCUGAGCGGGAGUUAGUCAAUAAGAAUUUCAAGUGAGGUUGCUAUUUCUGGCAUGAAGAUCAUUAUGUGUCUUCCCAGCCAUGUGUAUAAAAUAUUUUAUUCAUGCUUAUGGCUAAAUUAACCCCAAACACUUGUGAAGAAACAUUUUCAAAGAGAAGACGGCAUCCUUCUAUGAGGCAGUCUAAUUGUUUAAAACUUUCAUUUAUAUAUAUAUGUGUAUAUAUAAAUGUUUUUUUAUAGAUUUCAGCCGACCAAAUUAAUGAACUUUCAUUUCACCUAUUCAAACUAAUACAUAUAUAUUAUAUGUGGUAUAUCAUAUGAGAAUUUAUUAUAACAUAUAUUGUGCAAAUUAUUCUUAUAGCACAUUAGUUUAAAUAAUAAGUAAAAUUAUCUAAAAUUUAUUCAACCUAUUUAUACGUGAUAUUAAGUUUUAAAGCUAUUUUGAAUACACUAUUGAUUUUAGCUUAUAUCAAAUCAAUAAUUUACUCAAUUAUUUAUCAUUCGACUGCUAUGUAUAUGCAAAAACAAUAGUUAUUAAAUAUUGUGUUCCAAAAAAAAAGACGAUUAAAUAUAAACCUGAACAAUUUUUUUCCUAAUGUAAUUGUAUACCUUGAUCGAUGAUUAAAAUAGAUGGUGCAAAAUUUUGAAAUUUACUUUCAAAAUAAUCAAAAUUAAGUUUACAUUUGAAUUAACUUAUUCCUAUUGAAACUUACUUUAAAACAAAACUAACUUACGAGCAAUAAACUUGAUUUAGGUAUUUAUUUACAAUAAAACCAGAAUAUUAUGUUCGUAGAUGUUAUAAUAAUAGUUAAACGUUAAUUAUACUAAUACAGUCCCUUAGAAUAGGGUUUGAAGUUUUGUAUUCGACAAAUCAUAUUUUGCUUAGGAAACAAAGAUUGGGGCAUUAAUUAUGAGUAGUAUACAUUACACUAACGUAACCUGAAUCAGAACUUCGUUAAGAAAUCUUGUAAAUCGAAUUGCACAAUAGAUGAUACGUAGUCUUAGAUCCGAUUAAAAAAUUACAAUAUUAACUAUAGCUAAGAAACAUAUAUUCUGAAGCAUAUAUCUACAGGUACGUAUCUUGUGGAGCUCUGUAUGCGUAUUAUACACAUAAGGGAAAUAUGAUGAGCAUGCCGUAGAACUCCAUUAGUUAUCUAUUUGUUUAUUAGGGAUAUGUUAUUAUUUUUAUUAGAAAACAAGACAGCGUGAGGUGGAGACAUGCAUGCAAGAUCAAAUUGAAGUCAUAUAUAUUUACGUAACAAGUUUACUUGAACCCCAUGCAAGUCCCAUGCACUCAAACCCUUCUAUAUAAACCCCUCCAAGUUCAUCAUCCAGUCAUAAUCAAAUUAGCCAUUACACAAACUACAAAGUCUCUCAACCAUGGCAGUUCCAAAAGCUCACUACUCUCUAGCCAUCCUUGUCAUUCUCUUUGUCGUUUCAAAUUGCCAAAAUGCCUGCAAUCCAGAAUGCAAGGCUAAAGAACCCUUCAACUGCGAUAAUUCUCUUACCUUCAACCGAACUGGAUUUCCAAAGAACUUUACUUUCGGUGCAGCUACUUCCGCGUACCAGGUAUAAAUUUAUAUAUCUUCCUCAUGACCGUUCUUGGGCAUACUGUUUUCUUAUUUUUGUAGAUAAAAGAAUAUUUUCAAAAAGAAAAAAAAUUUCCAAUACAAUCGCUUUUUAUUUGUUCAACCAGAUUGAGGGUGCUGCACAUAGAGCCCUUAAUGGAUGGGACUACUACACUCAUAGAUAUCCAGGUUAUAAACCAAUUAAUUACCCUAUUGAUCAACAUUCAUUUGGACAUAUGGGAGAGUGUAUAUAUAAAUAUUAGAAAGACUGGACAUGCUCACAUUUUUCUGUUUGUUAUGGUACAGAAAGGGUUCCAGAUCGCAGCUCCGGAGACGUUGCUUGUGAUUCGUAUGAUCUUUACAAGGUGAGAGGCUAUAUAUCUGUGUAUACAUAUAGGAGACAGUUGUUCCAAUUUGGAAAUAUUAUUUAACUCUGGAAAAAUCAUAUAUAAUUUGAACAGGAGGAUGUCAAAUUACUGAAAAGAUUGAAAGUUCAAGCAUACCGACUCUCCAUAGCCUGGUCAAGGGUCUUACCAAGUAAAUACAGAAACACAAACAUACGUCGCUUUUUCAGUCAUGAAUUUAUAUAAUUGGCAAAAUUAAGAGUUUUACGUUCUAUAUAUAUUUGACUCGUGAAAUUUGUGAUUAUAAAUUUUAGAGGGAAGACUGACUGGAGGAGUGGACGAGAACGGGAUAGCAUACUACAACAAUCUCAUUAACGAGUUAAAAGCUAAUGGUAAAUUGAAAAUAUAAAUACUACUCAAUCAUUUGAUUAUAUCUGUGGUAUAUAUGGACGUUUAACUAACUUUCGUACGUGAUUACAGGCAUAGAGCCAUUUGUGACUAUAUUUCAUUGGGAUGUUCCCCAAACUCUAGAAGACGAGUACGGAGGCUUCUUAAGCCCGCGUAUAGUGUAAGUGCAAUAACUAGUUUUUCUUCUUCCAAACUUGUCUUUCUUUCACUUAAUUAGGUUCUAUAUAUAUGUACAUUGCAUGAUCAGAUCUAUCUAUAAUUUAAUAUGUAUGAUACAUGGACAGAGAGGACUUCAAGAACUAUGCGGAGCUUCUAUUCCAAAGAUUCGGAGACAGAGUCAAGUUUUGGAUCACUCUAAACCAGCCUUACUCUCUCUCAUCCAAAGGUUAUGGAGAUGGAUCAUAUCCACCGGGAAGGUGCACUGGCUGUGAAUUUGGAGGUGAUUCUGGAACCGAACCUUAUAUAGUCACGCAUCACCAACUUCUAGCCCAUGCAGAAGCUGUAUCUUUAUACCGAAAAAGAUAUCAGGUUCAUCUAAAAUAAAUCUAUUAUGAAUCUCUUUUUAUUUUCCUUGAUUAGUUCAAUUUUUUUUGUGUGGUAUAUUCUUAUUCUAUAAUCUUAAAAAUAUUAUGCAGAAAUUUCAAGGUGGUAAGAUAGGAACGACCUUGAUCGGGAGAUGGUUUGCCCCGCUAAACGAAACUAGCGAUCUCGACCAGGCUGCUGCAAGACGAGCAUUCCAAUUCUUCGUUGGAUGGUACGUAUAUAUAUUCUCAAUGAAUUGACUCUCAAGACGCACACAUAUGUAGCAACUUAAAGCCUCUGUCACGAUCAUAUAGACUUUUAAAAAUAUUGCAUCACUAAGUUACAAAAUUUCUUCUUGCAUAUAUGAAGGUUCUUGGAUCCAUUGGUGUACGGAGAAUAUCCAACGAUAAUGAGAGAACUCGUUGGAGACAGAUUGCCAAAAUUCACACCGCAAGAAUCAGAUUUAGUUAAGGGAUCACUUGAUUUUCUAGGGCUGAACUAUUAUGUUACACAAUAUGCAAGCGACGCAUCUCCUCCUCCUCAGACACACCCUAGCGUCUUAACCGAUCCACGAGUUACUCUUGGAUGUAUGUGAAACCUUUUUCGUAUUUAGUUUUAUACAUAUGUUUCGGUUCAUAGAUCAAUCAUUAUUCUCUUAUUGUGUUUCAGAUUAUCGCAAUGGAGUACCUAUCGGUGUUGAGGCUAGUAUCGUUUUUAAUUCGGAAUAACAUGUUUAUAUAUAUAUGUAUCUACUUUAAGAGAUUACCACAUUUAUAUAGUAACUAAUGAGUCUCUCCUUUUUUGCUUUUUUCUUCUCCAGUCUCCAAGCUUUGUCUACUAUCCUCCAGGGUUCCGUCAGAUUCUAAAUCAUAUCAAAGACAACUACCAAAACCCACUUACCUACAUCACCGAAAACGGUAUCUACAUACAUACCAAUAUAAACAUGCUUAACCAUGAGAAUCCUACGUACGUGUUCUUAUUAUAUAAUCUUUGUGUUAAAAUUUCAGGAGUUGCUGAUUAUGGAAACUUAACGGUAGCAAAUGCUCUUGCCGAUAACGGAAGAAUUCAAAAUCAUUGCAGCCAUCUUUCAUGUCUCAAAUGCUCCAUCGAGUGAGUUACAAUUAUUCCUUCUUUAUCAUAUAUAUACAUACUAUAUAUAUCUUGAUACGCUAAAAUUAUUUAAACAUAUUACAGGGAUGGUUGCAAUGUAGCAGGUUAUUUUGCUUGGUCAUUGAUGGACAAUUAUGAAUUUGGAAAUGGUUACACUCUCCGGUUUGGUAUGAAUUGGGUCAAUUUCACUAAUCCUGCUGAUCGAAGAGAAAAAGAUUCUGGGAAAUGGUAUUCUAGGUUCGUCGCAAAAUAAGGGGAAUUGAUAGACAAAUAUCAACCCCAUAUGUAUCCAACCUUUAAUCCAUUAAGUACUGGACAAUAUAAAUUAUUUUCUUCAACUUAUAAAAGCUUAUGUGCUGUGUAUUGUUAAUAAUGUUGUAAUAAUUGGACCUUAACUCUUGGCCAAAUCAUAAAUAAAUAAAAACAUUUAUAUGACGUGCUUUGUACUUAUAGCUUGUACUUUGUUUUAUUUACCUUUCCCAAGCAUAACAUCUCAUCAUCUACGACAUGCUCUCUUUUUGUUUUGGUAAAAAUUACGACACGUUCUUAUUUAAUCAUUACCACAUUUUUUAAUAAAAUAUCCAAACCAAGGAUAUAAUGUCUAAUUUAAGUGCCAAAUCAUAUUAUUUUGUGUUAUUUUACUCCUCUCGUUUAUUUUCAAUUUUUAGAAAAUAUUAUUUUACCCGACCACAGAAACGACGUCACGCAUAGCUUCUCCAUUAUUUCCAGACAUGAAAUAUGGAGGUUAAAACAGUGUGCCAAAAGUUUGUCAUGCUAGUAAAAUUAAUUGAUUGUAUAAGUUGCAUCCGUCCCGAAAUACUAACGGCUUGUAAUUUUAUUCAUGCUUCUUAUUGUAAUUGGGAGUCCUAAAUAUCGCGGGAGUUAGUCAAUAAGAAUUUCAAAUGAGGUUGAUAUUUCUGGCAUGAAGAUCAUUAUGUGUCUAAGUUCAAAAAAAAUGAUCAUUAUGUGUCUUCCCAGCCAUGUGUAUACAAAAAUUGUUCAUGCUUAUGGCUAAAAACCUCAAGCAUUUGUGAAGAAACAUUUUCAAAGAGAAGACGACAUCCUUCUAUGAAACAGUCUAAUUGAUUAAAACUUUCAUUUAUAUAUAUGUGUAUAUAUAAAUGUUUUUAUAGAUUUCAGCCUACCAAAUUAAUGAACUUUCAUUUCACCUAUUCAAACUAAUACAUAUAUAUUAUAUGUGGUAUAUCAUAUGAGAAUUUAUUAUAACAUAUAUUGUGCAAAUUAUUCUUAUAGCACAUAAGUA